AUGUCCGGCGACAAGGUGACCGUCACCGGCCCUCUCUCUCCGCACGAAACGACGCGAACGACCCGCACCACAACUUACAGUGUACGUACAUCCCCCUGCGUGGUGGUGGGCAGCACUUGGCAGCAGCAGCAGCAGCCGCAGCAGCAGCAGCAGCAGGGAGACGCCACGAUGCAGCAGCAGCAGCAGCAGCAAGAGGGCUUCGGCUCCAUCGAGGAGCUCAAGAAGUACAUCGAAGAAACCCGAAAUAAACUCCUCGAGGACCCCAGGACCAAGCAGAUGAUCGACAGGGGAGAGGCCACAUGGGAUGAAGUGAAGGCCUACAUAAGAGAACAUGCGCCCCAGCGGUUAAUUCCAAGCGGCCCCACAUCUACAACUAGCUAUUCCUAUUCAGCGGGCGUGUGGUACCCCUUGACCCCCGGGGGCUGCUUCACUGCAGCGCCCAACACUGUCUUUGAAGUUGCAUGCGCUGCUGCUAAGAAGCAGCAAGCGGGCGUGUGGUACCCCUUGACCCCCGGGGGCUGCUUCACUGCAGCGCCCAACACUGUCUUUGAAGUUGCAUGCGCUGCUGCUAAGAAGCAGCAAAUCAACUUGAGGCCUCAGUGCGACAUUUCUUUCGACUCGAAGUCUUCGCAAAUCAUUUUCGCCCUCGACCUUCCCGGCUUCAACAAGCAGGACGUCCACGUCGAGGUCGAGAACAGAUCCAGGGAGACGAUGAAGAGUUUGCUGCGGGAAAGGAACUUUGGGGGUUUCUGCAGAAGUUUUCAGCUGCCGCCAAAUGCAAUAGAAGAUGCAAUAAGUGCAGUUUUUGAAAAUGGAGUUUUAUUUGUUCGAAUUUCCACAAGUGACCCCAAGGCCAGCUCCGAGAAGAAGAAAGUCAGCAUCGACUGA